AUGGCGACGUUGCCGGAAAACGAGCACCCGCGCAAGGCUUUCGGCUGGGCUGCCAGAGAUUCCUCCGGCAUUCUCUCUCCUUUCAACUUCUCCCGUAGAGAAAAUGGUCCCGAUGAUGUGACUAUCCAAAUACACUACUGUGGUGUUUGUCACUCUGAUCUGCAUUUUGUGAAGAAUGUCUGGGGGAUCACAAGAUACCCAAUUGUGCCUGGGCAUGAAAUUGUUGGCAUUGUUACCCAGACAGGGAGUAAUGUUGAGAAAUUCAGAGCUGGUGACCGAGUUGGUGUUGGUGUGAUGGUAGGAUCCUGCCUGAAAUGCAACAUCUGUGAGCAAGAUUUGGAGAGUUACUGCCCCAAAAAAAUAUUCACCUAUGGCUCCAAGGAUUGGGAUGGCACAGAAACAUAUGGUGGUUAUUCGGACAAGAUAGUUGUUCAUCAACACUUUGUGCUUCGUUUUCCUGAUAACCUGCCUUCUGAUGCUGGUGCACCUCUGCUCUGUGCUGGUAUCACCGUAUAUAGCCCGAUGAAACACUACGGGAUAAUACAGCCCGGGAAGCAUCUAGGCGUGGCAGGACUUGGCGGGCUUGGUCACGUUGCAGUAAAAUUUGGCAAGGCAUUCGGGUUGAAAGUAACAGUAAUCAGUACUUCACCGAGGAAAAAAGACGAUGCCAUUAAUAAGCUUGGAGCUGACUUUUUCAUCGUGAGUACUGAUCCUGCCCAGUUACAGGCUGCAACGGGUACAAUGGAUUACAUUAUUGAUACUAUUGCUGCUGUCCAUCCCUUGGCUCCACUGCUCGGUUUGCUGAAGAUGGAAGGCAAACUCGUGACUCUUGGCCUGCCAGGAAAACCUCUGGAAUUGCCUGUUUUCCCUUUAGUUGCAGGACGGAAACUUAUCGGGGGAAGUCAGUUUGGAGGAAUAAAAGAGACACAGGAGAUGCUAGACUUUUGCGGGGAACACAACAUAACAGCAGAUGUUGAGGUGAUCCGUCUGGACGACAUUAACACAGCCAUGGAACGUCUCGCCAAGUCGAACCUUUGUCUCUUCUGA